CUGCUGGUGCUGCUUCUCCAUCUCGAGGAGGUGGCGCCGCAGCCUUGCCCGGCUCAAUGCUCCUGUUCCGGGAGCACCGUGGACUGUCACGGGCUGGCGCUGCGGAGCGUCCCGAGGAACAUUCCCCGCAACGCCGAGAGGCUGGAUCUUAAUGGAAAUAAUAUCACAAGGAUCUCCAAGACUGAUUUUGCCGGCCUAAGGCACCUACGAGUUCUUCAGCUCAUGGAAAACAAGAUUAAUACAAUUGAGAGAGGAGCAUUCCAGGACCUGAAAGAGCUAGAGAGACUGCGUCUAAACAGAAAUAAUCUUCAGCUUCUUUCUGAGUUGCUCUUUCUUGGGACUCCGAAACUCUACAGACUGGAUCUCAGUGAAAACCAGAUUCAUGCCAUUCCAAGGAAGGCUUUUCGUGGAGCUGUAGAUAUUAAAAAUCUGCAACUGGAUUACAACCAGAUCAGCUGUAUUGAAGAUGGGGCAUUUAGGGCUCUCCGUGAUCUGGAAGUGCUCACUCUCAACAACAACAACAUCACGCGGCUCUCAGUGGCAAGUUUCAACCAUAUGCCCAAACUCAGAACCUUCCGGCUUCACUCCAACAACCUUUACUGUGAUUGCCAUCUGGCUUGGUUAUCUGAUUGGCUACGCCAGCGUCCUCGGGUUGGCCUAUAUACUCAGUGCAUGGGCCCAUCACACUUAAGGGGUCACAAUGUAGCUGAAGUUCAGAAAAGAGAAUUCGUCUGCAAUGGUCAUCAGUCUUUUAUGGCUCCCUCCUGCAGCGUCUUGCACUGCCCCGCUGCAUGUACCUGUAGUAACAACAUUGUCGAUUGCCGGGGGAAAGGCCUUGCUGAAAUCCCAACCAAUCUUCCAGAGACCAUAACUGAAAUACGGUUAGAGCAAAAUUCAAUCAAGGCCAUCCCCCCUGGAGCGUUCUCACCAUAUAAAAAGCUUAGAAGAAUUGAUCUGAGCAAUAAUCAGAUCUCAGAGGCAGCACCAGAUGCAUUCCAGGGUUUGCGCUCACUAAAUUCACUUGUUCUAUAUGGAAACAAAAUCACGGAACUUGCCAAAGGCCUGUUUGAAGGACUUUUCUCUUUGCAGUUGCUAUUAUUAAACGCUAACAAGAUAAAUUGCCUGAGGGUAGAUGCUUUCCAAGACCUCCACAACUUGAACCUUCUCUCUUUAUACGACAAUAAGCUUCAAACCAUUGCGAAGGGCACCUUUUCCCCGCUACGAGCUAUUCAAACCCUGCAUUUGGCUCAGAACCCAUUUAUUUGUGACUGCCAUCUGAAGUGGUUGGCGGAUUAUCUCCACACAAACCCUAUUGAAACCAGCGGUGCUCGCUGCACCAGCCCCCGCCGUCUGGCAAACAAAAGGAUUGGCCAGAUCAAAAGCAAGAAGUUUCGCUGUUCAGCUAAAGAACAGUAUUUCAUUCCAGGAGUUCACCAUUUGGGCUGCACAGAAGACUACAGAUCCAAGCUAAGUGGAGAUUGCUUUGCAGACCUGGCGUGCCCUGAAAAAUGCCGUUGUGAGGGGACAACAGUUGACUGCUCCAAUCAAAAGCUCAGCAAAAUUCCUGACCACAUUCCUCAGUAUACAGCAGAACUGCGACUCAACAACAAUGAAUUUACAGUGUUGGAGGCUACAGGGAUCUUUAAGAAGCUUCCUCAACUGCGCAAAAUAAAUCUGAGCAAUAACAAAAUCACUGAUAUUGAAGAAGGAGCAUUUGAAGGCGCAUCUGGUGUAAAUGAGCUGUUGCUCACCAGUAAUCGGUUGGAGAACGUUCGACAGAAAAUGUUCAAAGGACUAGACAGUCUCAAAACUUUAAUGCUAAGGAGCAAUCGCAUUAGCUGUGUGAGUAACGACAGUUUCACAGGCCUGAGUUCUGUCCGACUGCUGUCCUUGUAUGAUAACCAAAUAACUACAAUUGCUCCCGGUGCCUUUGACACUCUCCAUUCCCUGUCUACACUAAACCUCCUAGCUAAUCCUUUCAACUGCAACUGCCACUUAGCAUGGCUGGGAGAAUGGUUGAGGAAAAAGCGCAUCGUAACAGGGAACCCUCGCUGCCAGAAACCCUACUUUCUCAAAGAAAUUCCUAUCCAGGAUGUUGCCAUUCAGGAUUUCACUUGUGAUGACGGAAAUGAUGACAACAGUUGCUCUCCGCUCUCCCGCUGUCCCGUAGAAUGUACUUGCCUAGAUACUGUAGUCCGUUGUAGCAACAAAGGUUUGAAGACUUUGCCCAAAAGCAUCCCAAAAGAUGUAACUGAACUUUACUUGGAUGGAAACCAAUUUACCCUUGUCCCCAAAGAACUUUCAAACUACAAGCACUUAACUCUGAUAGAUUUAAGUAACAACAGAAUCAGCACACUUUCUAACCAGAGCUUCAGCAACAUGACCCAGCUGCUUACUUUAAUUCUCAGUUACAAUCGCCUCAGAUGUAUUCCAGCACGAACAUUUGAUGGCUUGAAAUCACUUAGGCUGCUGUCUUUACAUGGAAACGAUAUUUCUGUUGUUCCUGAAGGUGCUUUUAAUGAUCUUUCAGCAUUAUCCCAUCUCGCCAUUGGAGCAAAUCCACUUCACUGUGACUGUAACAUGCAGUGGCUGUCGGACUGGGUCAAGUCAGAAUACAAAGAACCAGGCAUAGCCCGAUGUGCUGGUCCGGGAGAAAUGGCGGACAAGUUACUUCUCACCACUCCAUCUAAGAAAUUCACUUGUCAAGGUAUGGUGGAUGUCAACAUUCUUGCCAAGUGUAGUCCUUGCUUGUCAAAUCCAUGCAAAAAUGAUGGAACUUGUAAUAAUGACCCUGUAGAUUUCUACAGAUGCUCCUGUCCAUAUGGUUUCAAGGGCCAAGACUGUGAUGCUCCAAUUCAUGCCUGCAUUAGCAACCCUUGUAAACAAGGGGGGACUUGUCACUUAAAAGAAGGCGAAAAGGAUGGAUUUUGGUGUGCCUGCGCAGAUGGAUUUGAAGGCGAAAACUGUGAAGUGAAUAUUGAUGAUUGUGAAGAUAACGAUUGUGAAAAUAAUUCCACGUGUGUAGAUGGAAUUAACAACUAUACUUGUUUGUGUCCACCUGAAUAUACAGCUGCUAAUCUGAAUGAAGUGGAAAAAGGUGAGCUGUGUGAGGAGAAGCUGGAUUUCUGUGCCCAAGACCUGAACCCCUGUCAGCAUGACUCAAAGUGCAUCCUGACGCCCAAAGGAUACAAAUGCAAUUGCACACCUGGCUACGUAGGAGAACACUGUGAUAUGGACUAUGAUGACUGCCAGGACAACAAAUGUAAAAAUGGAGCACAGUGUACUGAUGCAGUGAAUGGCUACACAUGCAAAUGCCCUGAAGGGUACAGUGGACUGUUCUGUGAGUUCUCUCCCCCAAUGGUCUUGCCUCGCACCAGCCCAUGUGAUAACUAUGAGUGUCAAAAUGGAGCCCAGUGCAUCAUCAAAGCCAAUGAGCCCAUCUGUCAGUGCUUGUCAGGUUACCAGGGUGAUAGAUGUGAAAAGCUGGUCAGCAUAAACUUUGUGAACAAAGAGUCCUACUUGCAAAUUCCUUCGGCAAAGAGUCGCCCUCAGACCAAUAUCACUCUCCAGAUUGCCACAGAUGAAGACAGUGGAAUCCUGCUGUACAAAGGUGACAGGGAUCAUAUAGCAGUGGAACUGUACCGUGGAAGGGUGAGAGUCAGCUAUGAUUCAGGAUCAUAUCCAGCAUCUGCCAUUUACAGUGUUGAGACAAUCAAUGAUGGGAACUUCCACAUAGUUGAGUUACUGACCAUGGAUCAGAUUCUGUCUUUAUCUAUUGAUGGAGGAAGUCCCAAGAUCAUCACCAAUUUAUCUAAACAAUCCACUUUGAAUUUUGACUCCCCACUCUAUGUAGGAGGCAUGCCUAUGAAGAACAACGUUGCCGCGCUGCGCCAAACCCCAGGGCACAAUGGCACCAGUUUCCAUGGCUGCAUUCGUAAUUUGUAUAUCAAUAGUGAACUCCAAGACUUUAGGAAUGUUCCACUACAAGUUGGAAUCCUCCCAGGCUGUGAACCCUGUCAUAAGAAGGUGUGCGUCCAUGGAGCCUGCCUUGCCACGAGCCAGUCAGGCUUCACCUGCGAGUGUGAUGGAGGAUGGACUGGCUCUCUGUGUGAUCAGCAAGCCAACGAUCCUUGUCUAGGAAACAAAUGUGUGCAUGGUACCUGCUUGCCAAUCAAUGCGUUUUCAUACAGUUGUAAAUGCCUGCAGGGACAUGGGGGAGUCCUCUGUGAUGAAGAUGAAGAACUGUUUAACCCCUGCCAGUCCAUCAGAUGUAAACAUGGUAAAUGCAGGCUUUCAGGCCUUGGGAAACCGUAUUGCGAAUGCAGCAGCGGAUACACUGGGGACAGCUGCGAUAAAGAAAUCUCUUGUCGAGGGGAACGAAUCAGAGAUUACUUCCAAAAGCAGCAAGGUUACGCCGCGUGCCAGACGACCAAGAAGGUAUCGAGACUAGAAUGCAGAGGAGGCUGCACAAGUGGGCCGUGCUGCGGGCCGUUGAGGAGCAAGAGGCGGAAAUAUUCUUUUGAAUGCACUGAUGGGUCCUCUUUUGUGGACGAGGUUGAGAAGGUGGUGAAGUGUGGCUGUACAAAGUGCCCCUCCUAAACGUGUCCCAUGUGCCCUGCUUGUUGUUGUUGUUUUUUUUUAAAAAAAUGUUGUAUACUUAUUGACCAUGUCCUGGACUAAUUAAUGCUUCAUAGUGGAAAUAUUUGAAAUAUAUUGUAAAAUACAGAACAGACUUAUUUUUAUUAUGAGAAUAAAGACUUUUUUCUUCAACUGCAGCAAAAAAAUAAUAAUCAAGUGCUUGAGCUGAGACUUCUUGUAAUCAAGAGGACAUCUGAAGGAAAAAUGAAUAAAAUAAAGACCUGGUAACUUUUCAACAGACAGUGAUGGGGAAACUUAACUACUUUUAACAUCAACCAUUCUUUAUAACAUGCUGAAGAUAUACAGGCACUCUGCUCAAGUGACUUUCAAUCCUACCAUCUUAUUGAUGGGGAAAAAUCAAUCAAAAUAAGAGACUUUUUUUUAAAAAAAAAAAAAAACCUACUUUAACAGUAAGUUUUGGGUUGGGUUUUACUCUCUUGACACGAUCAUAUCAGUCUCUUGUAGGGCAUGGAAGGAAGAGUGUUGGAUAAAAAGAAUCCAUUCCGGAAAGUUUAACAAAUAUGUGGUCCAUUUUGUAUGACAUACAUGAUGAAGUUGGGAAAUGAGGGCUCUUGCCUCACAAACAGAAGAGGACACUCCAUACCCUUAAAAUCUCCUGAUGUAUUCUUUUACGUUGGCAUGUUAGCAGAAAGAAAGAAAGAAAGAAAAAGAAAUCAAGCAUUUAUCUACCCUCUUCCAGUAUUAAUUUUUUUUUGUAAUAUAAAUGUUAAGAGGAUGAUAAAAAAAAUAGAUUAUUGUUGGGAAAAUUAGGUAUAAUAUGGAGUUUUGUUUCUAUGAGUUCUGAACAGCUCUAUACAGUAUUCAGUUUAUUGAGAAAUAUUUAUUGUAUCAAAGUACACUGUACUUAACAUUUAGGCCACCCCUUUUACUGUUUUUCAAUGCUUUAAUAUAUAUUAAUUUAUAUUUGUCCUGAUAUUUUUGUAUUUCCUGUUGUUGUUGUUUUUUUUUAAAAAAGGACUUAAAAUCAGGAUAUUUGCAAUAGGACUAACAUAGCAUGUUCUCAUGGGGUAAAUAGAUUUGGUCUGGGUUAAUUUGUUUUCCUUAGUAACCUAUCAUCUGCUGUCAUUGAAGAAAUGGGAUGCUGGUAGCAGCAACAGAUUGUAGUUUUCAUUGUAGAAAAUUAUUGUGACAUCUCAAGUCCUUUUAAUGUGUGAGGAAAAAUGUCUUUACAGUAGAUGGCAAGUGUAGAGAAGUGAUCACUCCCUAACUAUAUAUUACUUUACAGAAAAUGAAAUGAUGUGUAGAAAAUGACACUAGAAAGUAGACCUUUACAAACUAAUAUUCCCUUGGAGUUCCUUGCCUUUAAAAUUAAAGAGAGGCUGUGUUGCCAAGAACUGUGACUUUCCCCAAAUAUUAAAACUGCGUUACUUGCCCUAAUGUUUCCCUUUGUUAACAUGUUGCUGCUAAAUCACAACAUAGAAUUGGUAAUGAUUAUUCAUAGUGGGUUGUGUUCUUUUUUCAGUAAAUCUCGGGGUACCCUAUAAAAAGGGUUUUUUCAAUUUUUUAAAAAAGAAAAUUUAGAUGUACAUGUGUAAUACAGUGUUGCUUUGUCUUAUUUGGACUGAUAUCAGUACCUUUACUGAUGUUUGUAAAUUAAAC